CAUCCUCCCCCCCGUGAUAGAAACAAAAGAGUAGGGUUACUCCCACACAUCCUCCGCCGCCGCCGCACCUGGCUGCUUCGGCCUCCGGCCUCCGCCUGCCCCUGGCCAGCCAACCGUCGCCAAGUCGAUCCCCGUCUCUCCCCGCAUCCAUCCCAUGGAGCAGGGCCAGCCCGCGGCCACCCCCCUGCGCGUCUUCGGCCCAUCAAGCGGAGCUUGAGCUCGCCGGAUGACGCUCCCUCCGCCGCGGCCUAGGACCGGCGAUGCGACUCCAGCCCCUCACUGCUGCUCCCUCCGCCGUCCUCCUCAAGCCGGAGUCCCGCCUACGUACACCUCGUCAGUCUGAAUCCAGGCGAGGUCGCGAUGUACCGCGCAUCCUCGUCGGUGUCUUGACCGGGAUUUGUCCAUGCGCGACGUCCUUGCAGCAUCUCCUAUGCCGCGGCCGACGCGGCCGUGUGCACAACUGUAUCCCUCACCCCCAGUCUCCUCGCGGAACUGAGAGCAUGUCAAGAUACGGGCGGGUGCCAAGGUUUCAUGGUUCAGAGCAUGUACCUCUCCUCCACACGCGCCCCAGUUCACCAUCAGUGGUCAACGGAAGCUGACGGGGUCGUGUAUCCCCCGGUAACAUCAUUUCUCUAUUUCUCCUUCUCUUCCCAAUGUUUGCUUUU